AUGGCGGAAAGACUCUUGAACCUGGAACGACGAUAUUCUCAACUGCAAACGUUGUUAGAUCAACGAACACAGGAACUGAAAGAAUCUCAAGCUUUCCUCAAGAAGCCAGACGAUGUUCCCGAAUCCUUGGUCAUAAGGAAGAUAGAGGAUGUUAAUACUCGGAUUUUCAACAUGUCCAUGGCUAUUGUCGACAUUUUCGAGCAAAAUCCAAAGAUGGAUCUGGAAGAAACAUUUGUCCAAGAAGGAUACAUCGAUCGAUGUCGGAGCGUUUCAAGAACGGCAGUUGGCGAACUACUUUACUCUUCAGUUUGCCAGGUCGAUGAGGCCAUCAUGCACAGGCUACCAGUUGUACCCGAGGAUACCAUACCGAUGCAGCUUGCACUGCGAAGUGUUCUGCUGAAAUGGGCUAUGAAGGUUGUUGGGUUGCCAGGAAAUUUCCCCGAAAACAAUGGGACAACAGAGCUGUACAAAUUCAUACGGGUACGAGAACCCCAGUCAGUCUCGUCACAGUGGAGAUCGAUUGCCUUUCGUGCCUCCCCCCCAGCGAUUCCAUCCGGAGCCAUUGUAGACGAAAUAAUGAGCUUACUUUGUGUUUGUGGCCUCUCAAGCCUGAACCCGCAGAUUCUCUUCAUACGGGAAAACAUUCGAAAGCGCACAGUCGACACGGAAAGAUCAUUGCAGGAGCUGAGAAGCAUCAUUCAUACUGGUGUCACAUCGAGUGACAUGGAAGUAUCAAUGGUGGAAUGCGACACUCCAUACGACCCAAGCACAAUGGUUGACGUAUUCAGUUUGGAGACACGGUCGAGUUCGAAUGUCCAACAAGUUCUUUGCACAGUGGGCCUUGGGAUACGAAAAACCACGGCAAAAAUGAAGGAAUUGGGGGAGUUUCAUCUGGUUACGGAGUUACUGAAAAGGCCUGAAGUUGCCUUGGUCCAAUUACUUGAUAGCUUUAAGAAACCUGCUGAUCGGGACUUCGAUGCACAUUUGGAUCAGUCUUAG